CCAUUUCGCAUUACGUUUCCAGUGGAGCGCCGUCGCUGUCAAAACACUUCGCCAUUUCAGGGUUAAGGGGAGGAAUUAGGUCAGACGAGCGGAGGUGGCAGUUUCUUCUUCUCUGUCAUCUGUGUGCUCGGUAAUUGGGUUCCGAUGCGAGUUAUCUGGCUGCUGCGGAUGAGUUUUUCCUUCGUGGGCCCGGGUUGAAGAGUGAAGUCGGCUUUCGGAUUUCCCUUCGUCCAGCUACUGAGCUAGCUGUGCGUGUAAACAACAAGGAUGAAACGGAGCAAAGGAGGAGAGGAGGCAGGCAGCGGUGAACGUCCGCCAGAGGCCUGCAAGAAGCUCCGUACGGAGAUGAGCGAGGAGUCGGAGGCUGAGGCAGCCGGUGAGUCUCCGCUGUGUGACUGGUCACUGCUGCCUCAGGAGAUCCUGCUGCACAUCUUCCAGUACCUUCCGCUGCUGGACCGGGCCUUCGCCUCGCAGGUGUGCCGCGGUUGGAACGAAGCCUUCCACAUGCCCGAGCUGUGGAGGUGCUUCGAGUUCGAGCUCAAUCAGCCAGCAAGCUCGUACCUGAAAGCCACGCAUCCAGACCUCAUCAAGCAGAUCAUCAAGAGGCACUCUAACCACCUCCAGUACGUCAGCUUCAAGGUGGACAGUAGCACAGAGUCUGCAGAGGCAGCAUGUGACAUUCUGUCACAGCUGGUGAAUUGCUCCCUGAAGACCUUGGGGCUCAUCUCUACAGCCAGGCCCAGUUUCAUGGAGGUUCCAAAGUCUCACUUCAUCUCGGCGCUCACGGUGGUGUUCGUCAACUCCAAGUCGCUGUCCUCGCUGAAGAUCGACGACACGCCGGUGGACGAUCCAUCGUUGAAGGUGUUGGUGGCCAACAACAGCGACACCCUAAAGCUGCUGAAGAUGAGCAGCUGUCCUCAUGUGUCCCCUGCAGGGAUCCUGUGCGUGGCAGACCAGUGCCACGGGCUGAGAGAGCUGGCGCUCAACUACCACCUCCUCAGCGACGAACUCCUGCUGGCGCUCUCUUCGGAGAAACACGUCCAUCUGGAGCACCUGCGCAUCGACGUGGUGAGCGAGAACCCGGGCCAGCACUUCCACACCAUCAAGAAGAGCAGCUGGGACGCCAUGGUGCGCCACUCGCCCAAAUUCAACCUGGUCAUGUACUUCUUCCUCUACGAGGACGAGUUCGUCCCCUUCUUCAACGACGAGAUCCCCGUCACGCACCUCUACUUCGGCCGCUCCGUCAGCAAGGAGGUCCUGGGCCGCGUGGGCCUCCACUGCCCCCGCCUGGUGGAGCUGGUGGUGUGCGCCAACGGGCUGCGGCCGCUCGACGAGGAGCUGAUCCGCAUCGCCAAGCACUGCACGCAGCUGUCCGCCAUCGGCCUGGGGGAGUGCGAGGUGUCCUGCAGCGCGUUCGUGGAGUUUGUGAAAAUGUGCGGCAGGAGGCUGUCCCAGCUGUCCAUCAUGGAGGAGGUGCUGAUUCCCGAUCACAAAUACUCCCUGGACGAGAUUCACUGGGAGGUGUCCAAACAUCUGGGCCGAGUCUGGUUCCCGGACAUGAUGCCGACUUGGUAGGAGCUGAAAAGCCGCUCCGCUGCAGUGAACUGCGAGGUGCCAACUUGACGAGCAAAACUUCUCUGAGUGUCUAUUUGGAGUAAAAACAAAAAAUGGGGAUGUCAUGUGAUUCUAUCUGAGAGCCUGAAACAACUCUGGAGUGAAACUCAGAGCGGCCGGAAGAGCAACAACAACAUGCCGAUUUAAAUGGACUGGGGUUGAAACGAUUAAUCGUGAUUAAUCUAUUAUUGAAACAAUUGUCCACUAAUAUAGUGAUUGAUUAACCGGACUACGCAGGUUCUACAAAAGGCCAACAUAUUCACAGCGGUUAAUUAAGCCAAAUAUGUACAAAAAAUAUAUAUACAUUUUGCAUUUAAAAUAAAAACACCUUUUUCUGUAGCGAUGCUUUAGCCAAAACUCAAGUGGUGUAGUUUUAGCUUCACCCGGUUCAGAUUUACAAAAGAAAUUCUACAGUAUUGUAAUUCAGGCAAUAAAAUGUUUAUUUUCUUAAUUAAAUAUGAACUUAAUUAUUUGUCUUUUUGCAUCUUGUAAUGUAUUUCUAAUAUUGUAUAAAAAAAGAGUUUAUGGGUUAAAUGAUAAAUUUGUAAAAUGUGCAUAUUUUUUUAUCCGACUAAUCGUCAGAAUAAUCAAUUGACAGAUUACCAAAAUAGUUGUUAGCUGCAGCCCUGAUGUGGACAUUUUUCCACUUUAUGCAUCAGGAAAGAUGUCAAUAUGUGUGCGUCUGCAAGCACAAGCUCAGGUGUGUUUCAACACGUCAAACGUUUUGCAGGAAAUCCGCUUAGAUGCAUCGUUGCAUGUCGUUACACUACCACUCGGCCUACAUACUACGCUCUGUUUAGACGCCCUGCACUCUGAAAACAAAACAGCUUUUGAGGUUUAUGAAUUACAAAGAAGGCAACAGAUGGGGAUUUUUGUUCUUUUAGAUGAUGCCGAAGGAGUUUUUCAACGCUUUUAACGGAAGCAGCGGGAGCUCUGUUUUUUCUUUUUGCACUUCAUGAAUCGCAAAACGUCUCGUUGCAGAUGUCCGAUGUCGGCAGAGAGCAAUGUGUAAAUACGAUUGAUAUUUGUGAUGUGAAAGUGUACAGUGUUCAGUAACGUACCUGAAUUGUAUUUGUUUUUGUGCAUCACACACUAUCUGUAUAUUUGAGACACUUUUUUUUUUUUUUUUUUUUGCUUGUGUUGGUGAAAGGUUUUUUUUGUACAGUGAGAGAUGUUUUCUACGCACCUUACACAGAAACCAAAUGACAGCUGGGCCGAACCGAGUGGUCACGGCCAAAUAAUGCAUUUUUGUAUUCAUCCGAAGCGCUGAUCAAUCAGAUACAGUAUAUUAAAAUAAUAAGGCUAUGAUGAAAGAAGAGAAGCAAUCGAUUUACAGUGUCUUGCGAAAGAAGUGCAUACCCCUUGAGCUUUUCCACAUUUUGUCACAUUAUGAUUUAUUGAUAAAGAGCAACACAAAUUAACAUUUAAAUUCACAGGUCAAAGAUACAAAAUUCUUUGUUAUAAAACUCUGAAAUCUGAACAGUGUGGCGCGCAUUUACAUUCUGCCUCCCUGAGUUUAUAGUUAAUUAAAAACUUGCAGCUGCAUUGCACAGAGGUGGAUUCUGUUUAGUAAUCAAGUGACUUAUAAAGUUUUUAUUCAGGGGCACUGGAGUGACAGCAGGCGCCACACUUCUCAGAUUUGUAUUUGUAAAAGAUGAUGCUCACAGUCUGACAGUGUGAAAAAGCCGAGGUCGUAUGAAUGCUUUUACAAGCCAUCGUAUUGUGCAAAUCGUGAUUGUGUCCAGAAGUGUCGGUGCACGUCGGCGUGCCUUCGCUCUUUCCGCUCCGUUUGCUUUGGAAUUAGCAAUAUAAUAGUCAGCAGCUGUUGACGCUAAAUGCAUGUUGGGAACGCAGAGCUCAACCCCUUUUUUUUUUCUUUUUUUUCUUCUUUGUCUCUCAGGUUUCAGUUUUUACCUUCUGCAAUUUGCCCGGUAAAGCUCUACAUCCUGUCAGUCUCGCAUACCAGCCUCCCUCUUAUUACUAAUGUUUUCUUUAAUAGCACCAAACAGGAGCAGCAGAGUUAUUCUUUGCAAAUAAGUCUGCUGCUGUCUCCCGCGUUCAUCCUUUACAGUCAGAAGAGAUGUGGCAAGUCAGAUGAGUGGAACGUAUUUUUCUUUUUCCUUUAAGAAGGAAGUUGAAUUCACUUGUAUAUAAAACGCUGUGUGUUUGAUUAUUUUGAAUAGAAAUGUACGUAUUUCUUUAUUUCACCCUGUCGGGGUUCAACGUUUGCUCAACCAGCAGCUCUUUGUCUUUUGUAAUACCGGAGUCUGAAUUAAGAUGAAGUAGUUGCCUUUUUUUUCUUUUUCAGAUAGUAAAGCCUUGAGAAGUCACGCUUUGUUGUUAAUUAUUGCGCUGAACUUCAUUUGUGAGUUCGCAUUGAAUGCAGUUCAGCAACAAGAUCAUUGUUUAUGUUCUACACUUCUGGUUGUUGUCAUCGUGGUAUCGUUGCAGACAGGCGGUCCUCAAGUUCACUAUGACGGUUUUCACAAUACUUCUGUCCUUAAAAAAAUGUAAGGAAUUGAGUGGUGGUCUCUCUUCUGCUGUGGUCCCUACAUCUUGUUAAUAUGUUGUUGAUUUUUUUUUUUUAAAACAAAACAAACAAAAAGAAAAUCCACUAUAUUGCUAAAAGUAUUUGUUUUUUGACAAACUCAGCUCCAGUUUACUUUUGCGCCAGAUUCAAAAACCUCUGGAUGAGUGAUUUUUAGCGUGGAAUGGACAAAAUUCUGAUUUCAGCCUGUUUGGACACCUCAGUGAAAAUUGUGAGUCAAAUUUCCACGGCCAACAUCAGCGUCGGGCCUCACAAAUGUGCUUCUGGAAGAAUGUCAGUGCCUCUAUAAGAUUUUUCUUCUUCUAAACCUGGGAAGUGUUCCUAGAAGAGUUGAAGCUGUUGGUCUCAAAAGUUGUCUUGCAUCAUAUUAAACCCUAAGAAAUUGAUCAUGUGUGACUGAGGGUCCACAAGUGAAUACUUUUGGCAAUACGUAGACUAAAACGGAGACAUUUCAAGUCAUUAUUAGACUCUUGGUAUCAAAUCUCACUGAAGUAAGUAGCUGUACCGUCUGUGUUCAUGUCAUCGAUACGGUAACAUAUCACCUGAUUAUUUUUGGAUUUCGUGCUGGGAUUUUACUUCAUUUAAAGGAAAUGGCUACUUUUUACUGUCGCCUUCAUCUGAAUACUCAGCUGACUCUUUUCGAGGGAAAAUUAUUCAUCUUGCAAUUUAAGUACCGAUCAGAAAAUGUUUUGAUCUCCGUUUUGUUUAGAGAGUGCUCUAUUUAAAGUUUAGGAAAACUUAACUGUUAAUGGUGUUUUUUUUUAUUAUUUUUGCUUCUGUAUGACAAGUGAUUAUGGAAAAGAAAUACUUUGUCUACUUUGCUUUACUGGUCACUUGUCUUUAAUUUAAAGGUAUUGUUUGGGACUUGUGAUCUUCUCCAGAAAUAAACAAUUGUGAAUGUA